GCGAAAGCAGGCCACCAACGCGUCUUGACAUUCAAAAGAAAACCUGGACGUUCGAGGAUGUUGCCAUCAGUGACAGGGUCGUCGACCCGGCCCAUCUCCAUCCUCCUCAUCAACCCAAACUCAACUCCUUCCAUGACAGAAGCCUGCCUCCGGAGUAUAGCAAGCACGCUCCCGCCCCAUGUCACAGUCCAUGGCUUUACAGCACCGUCGACAGCACCAACCGCCAUAGAAGGCCGCGCAGAUGCCGUCCUCUCCGCAGCAGACUGCUUCCGGGCCCUGCACCCCAUAGUCACAGAUCAGUCCCAGCCAGACUUUGACGCCUUCCUGGUCGCGUGCUUCUCCGCACAUCCACUGAUCCCAAUGCUCCGGGAGGAGUUCACGCAGCCCUGCAUCGGGAUCAUGGAGGCGUCGCUGUACGCGAGCAGGAUGUGCGGGGAGAGGCUUAGCGUGAUCACCACAGGGCAGAGAUCGAAGAUCCUGCACGAGGACUCUAUUAAUACGACCUACGGGCUCGGCAAUUUCUCAGCAGGGUGUGCGGCGGCGGACGUUGCGGUGCUGGAGCUAGACUCCCGGCCCAGAGAGGAGGUCUACGAGGGCCUGGCCAACGCGGCAAGGAGGCUGGUGGAGAGGGGGGCGGACUGUAUUUGUCUGGGUUGUGCAGGGAUGACGGAGAUGAGAGAUGUGUGCCAAAAGGCCGUGGGCAUGGCGGACAGGGAGGUCAUGGUUGUCGACGGCGUGGCUGUUGGAGUGCACUUCCUGGCUGGACUAGUGAGUGAAGGAUUGGGCACCGCCAAGGGCGGUUUGUAUCGCAGCUCAGCUACUGGGAGGGAGAAGCGAGGGCAGAGUUGGAUUUAA